GCUUGAUUCAGUUUGAAAGAUAAAGCAGAAAUUUAAAAGAUAAAGCAGCCCCACUUAAUUCUGUCAAAAACCCAUUUCAAAUCCAUAUUCAUUGUGUUCGACUUUAGUGUAGGUCUGACAACCCUAUGCUGUGAACUUGAAAUUCUAGCAGAUUUUUUGGUGUGCGCCGAUAAACCGAAUUGUGGUGAAAUAUUCCCAUCGUAGCUGUGAACUUCUAGCUGAACAGAGAUAUAUCACCAAAUACAAUGGGAGCCAGUACCUCGAAGGGAGUCGGAGUGGCCCAGGCAGCGGCCGCUCCUGUUGUCUCCGCCGCCCAGCCGGAUCAGGCCAGUGGAGCCACUGCAGCCGCCGCUGGCGGUGAGAAGCCGAAGUGCAAGGCCUGCUGCGCUUGUCCCGAGACCAAGCGGGCACGUGAUGCCUGCAUCGUGGAGAACGGCGAGGAGAACUGCUCGGCGCUGAUUGAGGCACACAAGAAGUGCAUGCGUGAUGCCGGCUUCAAUAUCUAAGUUGGGCUAGUGCCACCACAUCCCCAGAUUCUCCUCACUGUUGUUUUCUGUUGUAUCUCAAGCUAAUUAUAGAACUAAAUUAAUUGACGA